CUCCGUUAAUUUACCGUAUCAUUAACGUGCUAAAUACAAUCCAUAAACAAACUCGAGAAUUUCUCUCUAUGAUGCAUCAAUUUCUAGUGAAUUUCCUCUAGCACUGAGGUUUUUGAGAUGGAGAUGGCGGUAAAUCUCUGCGGUUUUGAUAUGGUGGCAUGGAGAGGAUUCAUAUACGCACUGAUUGUUCUGAAUUUCGUGUUUUUGUGUCAGCUCAUCCUUCUCCAACCGCUCAUUGUAGAUGGAAAGACUGAUGAUGCUGCUGCUCUCUUCGAGAGAGUUUCAGAGAGUAUAAAAGUGAAGAAAUACAGUGAGGCCCUUGCUGAACUUAAUGCUGCUAUAGAAGCAGAUCCAACAUUCUCAGAAGCAUAUCGGCAUCGGGCAUCCAUUCUAUGUCAACUGUGCAGAUAUGGGGAAUCUGAGGAAAGCUACAGAAAGUUUCUGGAGAUGAAACCUGGCAAUUCAGCAGCAGAGAAGGAGCUUUCUAAGUUACAUCAAGCUCAGAGUGCUUUGGAUUCCGCUAUAGAAGUUUUUGAAUCUGGUGACUAUAUGAAAGCACUGGAAUAUAUUGAAAAAGUUGUUCUGGUUUUCUCUCCAGAAUGCUCCAAGGCCAAACUCCUUAAAGUGAGAUUGUUAAUAUCUGCUAAAGAUUAUUCGAGUGCCAUAUCCGAGACAGGAUACAUACUCAAAGAAGAUGAGGAUAAUUUAGAGGCUUUGCUCUUACGUGGCAAUGCUUACUAUUACUUAGGUGAUCACGACAUCGCUAUUAGACAUUACCAAAAGGGACUUCGUCUAGACCCUGAGCAUGGAGAACUGAAGAGAUCAUAUUUUGGAUUGAAAAAACUCCUUAAAAAAACUAAAAGUGCAGAUGAUAAUGCAAGCAAUGGUAAGCUACGAUUGGCCACAGAGGAAUAUAAAGCUGCUCUUGCCUUGGACCCGAGCCAUUCUGCUCAUAAUGUGCAUCUUUACCUUGGAUUAUGUAAGGUUCAGGUGAAACUUGGUAGGGGAGACGAUGCUGUGACAUGUUGCACAGAAGCACUUGAAAUUGAUGGAGAUUUAGUUGAAGCACUAGUCCAGAGAGGUGAGGCGAAGCUUUUAAUAGAAGAUUGGGAAGGAGCUGUGGCUGACCUAAGAUCAGCAGCAGAGAAGUCACCUCGGGAUAUGAAUAUUCGUAGAGCUUUAAUGAGGGCUCAAAAGUCCUUGAAAUUGAGCCAACGGAAGGACUGGUACAAGAUUUUAGGAGUUUCUAGAACUGCCUCAAUUUCAGAGAUUAAGAAAGCUUACAAGAAGCUUGCCUUGCAAUGGCACCCUGAUAAGAAUGUGGACAAUAGGGAAGAAGCAGAAGCCAAGUUUCGGGAAGUAGCAGCUGCAUAUGAGAUUUUGGGGGAUGAGGAUAAGCGCACAAGAUAUGACAGUGGUGAAGAUAUUGAUGGCAUGGGGAUGAAUAUGGGUGGUGGAGGCUUUAAUCCUUUUGGAGGAGGGGGCCAACAAUUUACCUUCCACUUCCAAGGAGGUUAUCCUGGUGGAUUUGGAGGUUUUUAAUUUUAACCUCACUGAAAAAUGAAAAUAUAUUUUCCGGAUUUUCUUACUGGGAAUGGGGGCACAUUAAUUUUCUUCAUAUAGCAAUUUACUAACCCUCAAUAGGUGCAAUUCACCAAUUCUUGUAACCUGUAGGCCUUCUCUAAAUGGUUAUCAAUGAAAAAAGUUUGUAACUUAGAAAGUCGAGCCGUUGAAAUGAUAAUGUCAAACUGUAUUUAUAACAAUUGAUUGGAGAAAAAUGUCAAGUUCUUGAGGAGUAACUUGGUCCAUGAAUAAAAUCUUGAUGAUGGAAACUUCUGAAACUCA